UGUAGAAAUUUAAUUUAACCUUUUACAUUUGAAAUUUUCUUAUAGAGCUACUAAGGGCAUUAUGAAUUGGAAGGUUUUUGCGAUACUGUCAUUCCAUUUUAUUAUUUUGUCACAGCUUAAUCACUUUGUGACAAUGUGUGCCGCUGUCAUGGGCUUAUUUUCUUCUUAUUCUCCGCGAUUCCUGAAUGCAAUUGGAUUUUCAGCGCCUGAAAUUAUACCUAAUUCUCCAGCUGGGAUUAUCCAUAGGCUGUUAUCUAAAUCCAACCUUGGUGCCAGACUUUUUGCAAAAAUGCAGUCAGCUGUGAGCCGCAUAGGACGUCCAACCAUUAAAACCCUGGUGGCAUCUGCUUUAGUUGGAACUGUAUUGGGAUGUGUAAUCCAGUUAGCUUGCUACUUUUGCUAUCAUGCGAUGCACUGAGGAUUCCUGUGUACAGUUGAAGUGAUGAUUUCUUCCCGGUAUAGGUUUAACUGAUGCAGCUGUGAUGUUGUUUUAUUCCUGAUGUACGUGCAGCUGUGAUGUUGUUUUAUUCCUGAUGUACGUGCAGCUGUGAUGUUGUUUUAUUCCUGAUGUACGUGUAGUUGUGAUGUUGUUUUAUUCCUGAUGUACGUGUAGUUGUGAUGUUGUUUUAUUCCUGAUGUACGUGUAGUUGUGAUGUUGUUUUAUUCCUGAUGUACGUGUAGUUGUGAUGUGAGAGAGUGCGUGAAUAGAAUGGGUUUUUUUUUUGCUCAGGUUACUACAUUAUGCCUGGGAGUUAAAGCCUAAACUUGGUUUUCGUGUAAAGUUAGCUGACUCAUGUUAAAUUGUUAAUCCUUAAAUCUAACGCUUGACCUUGACCUUUAAGUUCACUCACAUUGCCCUGUAUGAUACAUCAUGUAUUCUGAUUGAUGGACUAACACGUCUACAUAACUAAUGCUAUAGGUUGAGUAGAAAAUUUGUUUCUUGUAUUGUGUAUGUAAAUAUUUUGUGGUAGUUCUGCUAGUGUAUUUAUUCUACCAACAUUUAUCAAGUGUUGACCAAAAGUAAAGAGAAUUUAAUUAUCUAAGUUUUAUUCACCUUCUUUGUUCUUAUUGUAAUGUUGGAUGGGAUUUCCUCCAACACAAAUGAGUGUUAUGUGGCAACUUGUUAUGCAUCUGAUUUCAGCCUGCUUUUAAUUCCAUUG